UCAGGAUGUCACUGUCUAUUUCUCCAUGGAGGAGUGGGAGUAUAUAGAAGGACACAAGGAUCUCUACAAGGACGUCAUCGUGGAGGAUCAGCCGCCAAUCACAUCACUGGGUUUACCUGAAAGACUUGAGGUGGCACAGCUGUGCCGUGCUGUAAAGGAGGAAUCGGAGUCUAUCAAAUUUGUCAGGGGAGUUAAUACAGAGACAGAGAACACAACAGUUACCAUAAAUCAGGAAUCGGAGCACAAAGAAGAUCUUGCGGAAGGAGAUAGAACAUUAGUAGACCAAGAGAAGGCUGAGGAACAUCAACAAGUCAAUCAGGACUCAGACCACAAAGAAGAUCUCAUGGAAGGAGAUGGAAUAUUAGUAGACAAAGUCAAGGCUGAGGAACAUCAACAAGUCCAUCAAGACUCAGACCACAAAGAAGAUCUCGUGGAAGGAGAUGGAAUAUUAGUAGACAAAGUCAAGGCUGAGGAACAUCAACAAGUCCAUGAGGAACAUCAACAAGUCAAUCAGGACUCAGACCACAAAGAAGAUCUCAUGGAAGGAGAUGGAAUAUUAGUAGACAAAGUCAAGGCUGAGGAACAUCAACAAGUCCAUCAGGACUCAGACCACAAAGAAGAUCUCAUGGAAGGAGAUGGAACAUUAGUAGACAAGGACCAGGCUGAGGAACAUCAACAAGUCCAUGAGGAACAUCAACAAGUCCAUCAGGACUCAGACCACAAAGAAGAUCUCAUGGAAGGAGAUGGAAUAUUAGUAGACAACGUCAAGGCUGAGGAACAUCAACAAGUCCAUGAGGAACAUCAACAAGUCCAUCAAGACUCAGACCACAAAAAAGAUCUUGUGGAAGGAGAUGGAACAUUAGUAGACAAGGACCAGGCUGAGGAACAUCAACAAGUCCAUACAAGUCCAAAACUGUUCUACUGCUCUGAGUGCAAGAAGACUUUUCGGGAAAAGACAAAGCUUAAAAGGCACCUAAAGGUCCACACCGGGGAAAAGCCGUUUCCAUGCAAAGAUUGCGGGAAGUGUUUCGCGGAGAAAUCGACACUUCAGAGACACUCGCGGUCGCACUCCAAGGAGCGGCCGUACCCUUGCCCAACAUGCGGGAAGGACUUCAUCAGGAGGAGCACUCUCAUCAUCCAUCUCCGGAUUCACACAGGGGAAAAGCCUUACGUGUGCAGCGAAUGCGGGAGGGGCUUCAACCAGAAGUUCGACCUAAAAAAACACGAGAUGGCCCACACGGGUGAGAAACAGUUUUUCUGCGAAGACUGCGGCAAACGUUUUGCGCAAAAGCGGUCGCUGGCCCAACACAAGCAGGUUCACACCGGGGAGAAGCCCUAUGUGUGCGCCGUGUGUGGGAUGAGCUUCACCCAUCGUUUGCUCCUCGUCGUUCACAAGACGACUCAUUCCGGCGAGAAACCUUACAAGUGCUCCGAGUGUGGGAGUUGCUUUUCCCGAAGGACGCACCUCAUCGUUCACCAGAAACUUCACGCUGGGGAGAAGCCCUUUGCCUGCUCUGAGUGCGGGAAGAGCUUCUCCAGUAACUUGCGUCUUCAAACUCACAAGAGGAUUCAUUCCGCCGACCACUCCUAUUCGUGUUCAGAAUGUGACAAAUCCUUUCUCCACAAAUCAAAGCUGAUCCUGCACCAGGUGAUUCAUACCGGGGAACGGCCUUUUUCAUGCCCCGAUUGCGGGAAGUGUUUUCCCCGUAAGGGAGAACUGACUGUUCACCAGAGGAGGCAUCUGGUCGAGAAGCCUUAUUCGUGUUCCUGGUGUGGAAAAUCCUUCCACUUGAACUCGGCGCUGGUCAACCACCAACGAAUCCACACGGGGGAACGGCCUUAUACUUGUCCUGAAUGUGAGAAGUGUUUCACCCGGCGUGGAGCACUGACGGCCCACCAGAGGACACACACUGGGGAGAAGCCAUAUACGUGUUCGGAGUGCGGGAAAUCCUUUACCCAAAAGACGGGACUCAACACGCAUCGGCGUAUCCACACUGGUGAACGGCCUUAUGUUUGUCCUGACUGUGGGAAGUCCUUUACGCGCCGUUCCUACCUCACUCAACACCAGAAGGCCCACCUCUCAGAGAGUUCACUUCCCAAUUAGCAUUCUUGUUAGUUCUCGAUACGAGGGUUCUUCAAAAAGUUUCUGCACUUUUUUUAAAA